UAUUGAGAAUGAGAAGUUACAGAAUGUUUCAGAAAACGAUAGAGACACACCGACGGGCAUUGUCGUCGACGAACACGACGAGCGAAACGACAGGAGGAGAAAAAUCUGCGCGGCGGCAAGAAAACCGACCUCGACCGAUUGUGAAUCUGCCAGAGAAGUUCGAGUGGAUCUUCAAGGAUCCGACUUGUGGAAGAGAUUUCAUGAGAUCGGCACUGAGAUGAUCAUCACAAAGGCUGGGAGGAGAAUGUUCCCAUCUGUCCGAGUUAAAGUGCACAAUCUGGAUCCUUUCCAGCAAUACUACAUGGCCAUGGACAUCAUGCCUGUGGAUUCAAAGAGAUACAGGUAUGUGUACCAUAGUUCUCAAUGGAUGGUGGCCAGAAACACAGAUCAUUCGUGUAUUUCUUCCCGUCUGUGCGUGCAUCCAGACUCUCCGUGUUCUGGAGAGAACUGGAUGCGACAGGUGAUCAGCUUCGAUCGCAUCAAACUCACUAACAAUGAGAUGGACGACAAAGGCCAUAUUAUCCUGCAGUCCAUGCACAAGUACAAGCCGCGCAUACACGUUAUCCCGUACAAUCCUCGAGUCGACCUGUCACAGACUCCUCCGGUGCUGCAAGCAGACAGUGUUCACACCUUCUCCUUCCCUGAGACACAGUUUACCACUGUCACAGCCUACCAGAACCAACAGAUAACAAAACUGAAGAUUGACAGGAAUCCAUUUGCCAAGGGUUUUAGAGACCCAGGACGAAACAGGGAUGUGUUGGAUGGGAUUUUAGAGUCAUACCCAUGGCACAGCACCUUCAGCCUUCAUUUCAAACCUUUCACUAUGGAGCUACAAGGCAGAAGAUCUGGAUCUUCAGCAAGCUAUGGUAUCACCUCAUCAUUAAAAGAACUCCUGCCCAGCUCCUUUUCUCCAGCAGCCCAUCCUAUCACAUUCUCAAGCCCUCAAUGCUUCACCUCAAACAGUCUUCUCACAUACAGAGCUCACUACAACCUUGGGCUAGGAAGACUCGGUGGUUAUGCUGGCUUACAACCCCUGUUAGAUCUCCCCUUCAUGUCUACUCUUCAGGUAAAGAAAGGAGACUGUCUCAAGGACUCUACCCCCUCAGAUUCUUCUUUGCUUCUUAUCCAGAACCUGCAACCAGGAUGGACCUCUGAAUACUAUCAAGCUCAAAAUUACAGUAUGGCAUCAGCCCCUGUAUUACCCUACAAUUGUCCACUGUCGCUCAUCAGUUAA